CGCAAACAGUGAGGGGAGGAGGGGUUAACAUAACGUAGUCUAACGUCUGUUUCCUGUCUGUAUGUCUCUCUGUCUCUUUGUCUGUGCUGCAGAUGAGAGGAGCGUGAGCCAGGGGAAGUGUGCUGCGUAACUGCCUGAGAUAAUGCUGUUGACACGCGCAGCCUGGAGCUGCUGCUGAGGGAGGAACAGAGAGUCCUGUACAGUCAGGGAGCUACUCACAGAGAGGGAGGGGGGGGACCAUGUCCCACCACCACCACCACAGGAACCCCAGCCAGGGCAGCCACCGCACAAUGAGCGCCGAGGAGAGGAGCUCCACGCCCAUCCGCCACCACAAGACGCCUACACACAAGAGCGCCUCGUCCUCCUCCUCAUCCCAGCGCGACAGCCGCCAGGAGGCAGACAGCUGGGAAAUCAUCGAGGGGCUGAAAAUCGGUCAGAGCAMCGUCCAGAGGCCAGAUAAACACGAGGGCUUCAUGCUGAAGAARCGAAAAUGGCCACUGAAAGGCUGGCACAAGCGUUUUUUUGUCCUGGACAAUGGGAUGCUGAAGUACUCCAAGUCACCAAUUGAUAUUCAGAAAGGCAAGCUGCAUGGCUGCAUUGAUGUGGGUCUCUCUGUCAUGUCCAUCAGAAGGAGCCGCCGCAUUGACUUGGACACAGAGGAGCAUCUCUACCACCUCAAGAUCAAGUCUCCAGACAUCUUUGACUGCUGGGUGGUCAAGCUGCGCCACCACCGUCUCUACCGGCAGAAUGAGAUACUUGAAAGCCUGAAACGUAAUGUUUUUUUUCACAUCUUGCCUCCCACCAUGGCAGUCCCCCCCAGCCCCAGUAGCAGCACCAGUCUUCCACCAUGGCAGUCCCCCAGGCCCCACAGUACCAGGAGCAGCCUGCCUGCCUCCUACAGUAACGGGCAGAGCAAGGUGGCCGCAUGGCUCCAGGAGUCAGAGGAGAUGGACCAAGUGUACAGAGGAGCUCGCCCGUGCCAGUCCAGCCUGAUUGAGCUGAGCAAGUUACUGCAGAGCCUGAGCCUACAGAGGACCCAGUCAGCGCCCAAUUUCACUGACAUGCAGGUCCCCUCUCUCCCUGUGAGUGCCAGUAUGUCGCCCACGCGACUCCACUCCUCCAACCCCAACCUGUGUGCUGAGCAGGUGGACUUCCAGACCCCUGUCUCUCGCCAGAUUCCUGACAACAUGGAGUGUGGCGGUGACUACAUCAAACUACAGGAGGACUUCUGCCUCAUCGCUCAGAAAGUCCACUCCAUGUUGAAGUCUGCGUUCACCACGGUGGCCAUGGAGAAGGAGAAGAUCAAAUCUGUUCUCUCAGACCAGGAGCAGUCAGAACGGUCUGCCCAGGUCAUCACCCUCAGGAAGUCUCUGUCACAGGCCCUGUCCCAAAACGCUGAGCUUAAAACCCGACUGGGCCGCAUCCACUCUGAGUCGGUCCUGUCUGAACAAACAAUCAGUGUGAACCUCAUCACCAGUCCUGAUGAGGGGGGGGAGCAGAGGGGAAUCCCUCUGACUCAACAGACGUCCAAUGAGAGCAGGCUGUCUAUGUCAGAGUCUGUGUCGGAGUUCUUCGACGCCCAGGAAGUGCUGCUGUCGGCCAGCUCGUCAGAGAACGAGGCCUCAGACGAUGAAUCAUACGUCAGCGACGUGAGCGAUAACAUUUCAGAAGACAAUGCCAGCGUGACUGAUAACGUCUCCAGACAAAUGCCGAACGGAGACCUGGCUGGAAGUGCCUUCCGUAACGGGCGACGCCCGUGUCUCCCCGCCCCCUCGCCAGACUGCAGCAACAUCAACCUGUGGAACAUCCUGAGGAACAACAUAGGGAAGGACCUGUCCAAGGUGUCCAUGCCUGUGGAGCUCAACGAGCCCCUCAACACCCUGCAGCACAUGUGUGAAGAGCUGGAGUACACUGAGCUACUAGACAGGGCUGCCGAUACGGAGGACCCCUAUGAACGCAUGGCCAUUAUGGCAGCGUUCGUCAUCUCUGGGUACUCCUCCACGUACUACAGAGCGGGAAGCAAGCCGUUCAACCCUUUACUGGGAGAGACGUAUGAAUGUAUCCGUGAGGACAAGGGCAUGUGUUUUAUCGCUGAGCAGGUGAGCCACCAUCCACCCAUAUCAGCUUGUCAUGCUGAUUCCAACAAGUUCACCUUCUUGCAAGACGUCAGAUGGAAAAACAAAUUCUGGGGGAAAUCAAUGGAAAUCCUCCCGAUUGGCACCGUUAAUGUUAUCCUUCCAAGCUUUGGUGACCACUAUGAAUGGAACAAAGUCACCACCUGCGUACACAACAUCCUAAGCGGGAGAAGGUGGAUCGAACACUACGGGGAGAUCACCAUUAGGAACACCAAAAGCAGUGCCUGUAUCUGCAAACUUACCUUCGUCAAGGGAAAUUACUGGAGUUCUAAUGUGAAUGAGGUUCAAGGGUUUGUGAUGGACCAAGAGGGGAAGGUAGUGCGUCGCCUGUUCGGAAAAUGGCACGAGGGCCUUUACUGUGGAGURCCGCCUUCUGCCAGAUGCAUCUGGAGGCCAGGGUCCAUGCCCACAGACUACGAGCUGUAUUAUGGCUUUACCAGGUUUGCCAUUGAGCUCAAUGAGCUUUGCCCUGAGAUGCAAGACCUGCUACCACCCACAGAUGCCCGCUUCAGACCCGAUCAAAGACACCUGGAGGAGGGGAAUGUGGAAAUGGCAGCCUCAGAAAAGCAGCGUAUUGAGGACAUGCAGCGCACCAGGAGGAAGUGGCAAGACGAGAACGACAUUAAGCAUGAACCACGCUUCUUCAAGAAAGUGGUUGAUGCCAAUCAAAGGGAGCGGCUGGGUCACUAA